AUGGGACAGAACCAGAGUGGAAUGGGCGGGGGAGGCGACGGCAAGGACGACAAGGACAAGAAGAAGGAGAAGCCCAAGUACGAGCCUCCCCCACGCCCUACCACCAGAGUCGGCCGCAAGAAGAGAAAGGCUGCCGGCACCAGCGCUGCAGCCAAGCUCCCGGCCGUCUUCCCUACGAGCAGAUGCAAGCUCCGCUUGCUGCGAAUGCAACGAAUCCACGACCAUCUCAUCCUCGAGGAGGAGUACGUCGAGAACCAGGAGCGCCUCCGCAAGGCCAAGGCUGCUAAGGAAGGAGCUGCCGUCGGCCCCGAAGGCGAUGUCGACCGUCUCGCCGAUGAGCGUGGUCGGGUCGAUGACAUGCGUGGUAGCCCAAUGGGUGUCGGCACGCUCGAGGAGAUGAUUGAUGACGAUCACGCCAUCGUGAGCAGUACUACUGGUCCCGAGUACUAUGUUAGCAUCAUGAGCUUCGUCGACAAGGAUCUGCUCGAGCCUGGUGCCAGUGUGCUGCUUCACCAUAAGAGCGUCAGCAUCGUUGGUGUCUUGACCGACGACGCCGACCCUCUCGUCAGUGUCAUGAAGCUGGACAAGGCACCCACAGAGUCAUACGCCGACAUUGGUGGUCUGGAGACACAGAUCCAGGAAGUCAGAGAGUCGGUCGAGUUGCCCUUGCUCCACCCCGAGCUCUACGAGGAGAUGGGUAUCAAGCCGCCCAAGGGUGUCAUUCUCUACGGUGCUCCCGGUACCGGAAAGACGCUGCUCGCCAAGGCAGUUGCCAACCAGACUUCGGCCACCUUCCUGCGUAUAGUCGGAAGUGAGCUUAUCCAGAAGUAUCUCGGUGACGGUCCCCGUCUCGUUCGCCAACUCUUCCAGGUUGCCGGCGAGAACGCCCCCUCCAUCGUCUUCAUUGACGAGAUCGAUGCUAUUGGCACGAAGCGUUACGACUCGACAUCCGGAGGUGAGCGUGAAGUCCAGAGAACCAUGCUGGAGCUUCUGAACCAGCUCGACGGUUUCGACGACCGUGGUGACGUCAAGGUCAUCAUGGCUACCAACAAGAUCGAGACGCUCGACCCUGCCCUGAUCCGUCCCGGACGUAUCGACCGAAAGAUUCUCUUCGAGAACCCCGACCAGAACACCAAGCGCAAGAUUUUCACGCUGCACACCUCCAAGAUGUCGCUCAACGAUGACGUCGACCUCGAGGAGUUUAUCUCGCAGAAGGACGAUCUCUCCGGUGCCGACAUCAAGGCCAUUUGCUCCGAGGCCGGUCUGCUCGCCCUGCGCGAGCGCCGUAUGCGUGUGCAGAUGGCGGACUUCCGGUCUGCCAGGGAGAGAGUCCUGCGCACUAAGCAGGAGAGCGAGCCCGAGGGCUUGUACUUGUAA